AUGAAGGGAACGGGCGAGCAACAGUACUUCCGGGAGUCCUUUUCCUCAUUAGGCUUUGGAAUCACUCGACAAUUUCACAGAAUAGUUGCUCGUAGUGGUUUUGGCCAAGGCUUCCGCUUCAUAACUUCCAGGCCCAGAGUGAGGCCGAGAUGGGGCGUCGGGUCGCGACCUCGCUCAUCAACCUCUUCACGACGUUGGUCCUGGCCCGGCAAUUUUGGACCGAAAGGAGACCGGAAUAACUCCAACAACUCAUCCAUUCUGACAGAUGCACCCAUAAAUACAACCGCAUACUUGCCUGUGGAAGGCCGUCUCAAUGCCCCGUUUUCUGUUGAGAGGGCUGUGCUGACGUCAUCCGUGCCCCCCGUGACUGACACCGGGCAGGGGAGCGUGUCCCCCCUCACAACGGAGAGGGGCGUGGUCAGCACAAGCGGGACUGAUGCGCCCCUUCGCCCAAUAAUCUACAAGGAAGGGCCAAGGGUGGACCCGGCACACUCGGGCAACGUGUCGACUGUCCUGGGCAAGACGGCUUCCCUUAGGUGUCGUGUCCUCGACCGUGGGAACUAUACAGUGUCAUGGAUCAGGCACAGGGACCUUCACCUCUUAACUGUCGACCAGUAUACCUACACGUCAGACCAGCGAUUCCAGGCGAUGUACGAGCCCUCGACAGGCGACUGGAUUCUGCUGGUGGCGUCGGUGCAGCUGCGGGACCGCGGCGUCUACGAGUGCCAGAUCGGAACCACGCCACCGCGCAGCCACUUCGUCACGCUCCAUAUUAUCGAGCCCCGCACGGAGAUCCUCGGCGGCGGCGACCUGCACAUCAACACGGGCUCCACCAUCAACCUGACCUGCCUGGUCCUCUAUCACGCUCGCUCUCCGCACGCUCUUACCUGGCUUCACGAGGGACAGGAAAUCCAUUACGACUCUGCUCGCGGGGGCGUGUCCGUGCUGACGGAGGCGGGCGAGGUGACCCGCUCCGCCCUCCUCAUCCAAAAGGCCACGCGAGAGGACGCCGGGAACUACACCUGUCAGCCCAAGGGCGCUGCUUCAGCCACUGCCUACGUUCAUGUGCUCCACGGUGAACACCGAGCGGCCAUGCACGGCGGAGAGGGGCCAGGGGGCGCCGCCCCUCAAGUCUGGCUGGUGGUGGCUGCGGCCGUGCUGAUGGUGUGGGCGGGCCGCCCUCCCCACCGCGUGGAGCCCCAGCUGCCCUCCCUCGCCCCGCUUCCUACCUAGACCACGAGAUAACAAGAUCACACCGUGCCUCAGGGACCAAUUAGAGUUAAGUCAAUAGUGGAAUUGGAUUCAUCGAUGUUUUUUGUCAUAAAGAAAGUGAAUCAGAAAGCACAGAAUAUCAUGUCUGGCAGCCGCUCUUCCACCUCGCCACUGGAACCCUUCUUCCUUACCGACGGAACCCGAGAAAGGUCGAGGAAACCCGAGAAAAGCCGAGGAAACCCGAAGAAGCCCGAUGGAGUCCUAGCAUGUCGAGGACUCUGUUGUCUUGAGACGUCUUCUUUGAGAUCAAUCCGUUAAUUUGUCCGCUAGUAAUCGGGCUUGGAUGUGUCAAGUGAAGGGAUGCUGCACCUCGCCCUUGCAAGCAGAUGUGUUUGGGGCGAUAAUCGUCUGACACUGGCCGAGGAGAGCACUGACCGAGGAAGAGAGAAUUGCUAUAAUACGCUGCAGUAUGUAAAUAAAAUAGUAGAAGAAUUGAAAGAAAAAAAGGAAAGAAAAGGUUUUCUGCAAGAAAAUGGGAAAAUGGAAAGAAAUUUAGCAAUAGAAAAAAGGUGAAAGAAACGAACCCCAGUUGCAGUGGAUAUGGUUAAAUGAAAGUGGCGUUUCCAGGGAAGAAUUCCAGACGAGAAGUAUUUUUCUAGACAAAGGGAGGGGGAAAGCCAAGACAAGUGUUCUGUGCUCCGGAAUCUGCUCACUUAUCGAAAAUGACGUGGUUGUAAACUUGAUAUCUGUUCAUUCUGUAAAAACCGUUUCUGACAUUUCUGAAAAUAUUCAUGUAAAUGUAUAGAAACUGCCAUCGUUUUUCACGUCAAACCAGAAAAGUAGCGAAUCAAUAAUUUUGUAAUGAUGUCAGA